GUACCUCCGUACUAACACGACCUGUCUCUUCUCCAUAGCAACCCGAGACCUCUUCAACACAAGAGGCGAGCUUCUGCUGCACCUGCUGCUUCCAAUUACAUCCUCCAUGAUGGUAACCGUCUGAGAGUCCCUGGUCGUUUCGCUCCGCGUCCAGCUAUCGCCGCCUCCGUUUCCGUCCCGUCGUCUCCGCUCAUGACCGCUAGCCACGGACCUGCUCCGGCGUACUUCGGCGCUCCAGAAUUGUACCACCAUAAGGGUGAACAGCAACAGUCUACCAUGGCCACGAUGGCUACAACAGAGCCCGCGCGCUCAAGUCCGCGCAUCGCUCGGGUGCCAUACGCCUUGCAGACGGCUCCUUUAGAUUCGAAGCUCAUUUGCGAAUCACUGCCUACCACAGCUCUCAACAGGCCGAGGAAACUUUCCCAAACAUCCACCAUCACCGUCACGAGCAUCAACAGCCCGAGGGAAAGCUUUGAGACACGAUCCAGAAGCUCGUCGUACAGCAGCCACAGGACAAGCAUCGAUUCGAGUCCCACCAUGUGGAGGCCCGAUUACAUGUACUCGAGGCCCAGUCAGACGUCUGUCUUUAGAAAAAAGGCGAAGCCUGGGGAAAUCUUUGCGAAGCUGCCCGGAGAAGUUUUGGAGUUGAUCCUGGGCGAGCUCAGGAAGCUGCAUCUCGAAAAGCCUACGGAAAGCUGCGCGACAUGUUGGAUGAGGGAUGUCUGCUCGGUUACUCUUACAGCGAGAAAAUGGUGCAAGUUUGCGCGAGUGGCAUUGUAUGAGGAUAUUCAACUCAUAGGAGCUGAUUCGGCAUCUCAAAAGAAGCGACACAAAGUCACGUUCGGCUCGCGCAUGAUGCUCCUCAGACGGACACUGAGAGCGAACUCGUAUCUCGCCGGACUCGUCCACACUCUCAAGGUCCCAAGCCCCCCUACCGGGGUCUUGCUGGAGGACUAUCAUAAUCAAGUCGCCGCGCUGAUCAUGGCAUGUCCUAAUUUUGAGCGCCUAAUCGGCCUCCACCCCCACUAUAACCACUCGUACAGCAAGCUCUUGCACGCGCUUUCGUCGCGUAAGCGCCUCAAGCACAUGGAUUGGAUCGUCGAGCCUUCACCCUUUCAGCGACAACACCGAUUCAAGUCAAGCUCGGCUAGCAAUGUCGCCGCGAUGACCCAGGCAGCCUACGAUGCUUCCGUCACACCCGGCGACCUGCAACCACACCAGAGUGCGGCAUUCCUCGAUUUUCACGUCGACUGGGCCCAUCUCACGACUUUGUCGAUUCACUGCCUCCCCGGCGCAACUCUUACUCCGGAUAACCUCAUCAGCUCAGCACUGAUGCACCUAACGUCUCUGCAGCACCUUUACCUAUCAUGGAUGCCGGUGACCGCCUUUAAUGACAGCACUCUGCUUUCACUCCCUCCCUUGCGUACACUAUCACUCACCCACGUACCGGGUGUCACCAGCAGUGGUAUUUCUGCCUUGGCCACCCUCCCAACGAGCCAGGCGAUCCAGAAACUGACUCUGCGCCACACGAACCUCGAUUCCCUGCCCGCCUUGGCCCGCAUCUUUUCCAACUUUAUCCACCUCGAGUCUUUUACUCUCGUCCAAACCUUGGCGCCCACGCUCCCGGAGGACACAUUCAUAUGGCUCAUGCCAUACCUCGCCUCCUCGUCUCUUCGUAAACUUCAUUGGGACAUCACGAGCAACACGACCCACGCCAACGCCGCCGACUCCAUCCUCGCCCGCAGUAUCGCCGCCGACGGCUUCCCCACCCUACGCAGUCUCCGCAGCCCCAAUGACCCCGAGGGCAUCUUUCAAGCCCUCUGCCGGCCGCAGGAGAGGAUGGACAGCGCCAGCGAUCGCUUCCGCGGUCCCAACGGACCCGCCCGGAGCUCCUCGUUCCCCACCCCCAACACGACCUACAGCCCCGUCUCGCCGACAAAACCGUCCCGCUCGCCCACAGCCCCGGCGUCCCCUGUCAUGAGCGAUACUCCUCGCGAAUGCACCAAUCUCCACGUAGCCCGCCUCGCGGCGCAGGCCCGCCUCGAAGCCGCGCGCGCAGCGCUUCCGCGGUUUUUCCUGAACGUUAUUGACGAGGAUGGCACGGUGCUGGAGAAGUAUGGGCUUGCGGCUUUCAUCGGCACGGUAGAGAGCCGCAUCACGUAUAACCUGCGUCCCGACCCGGGCGCCAAGGAUGAGCGCGGCGGGCUGGUUGAGAUAGCGGACCUGACGGCGGACAACGGCGAGGAGGUCGCCGUUGGGCGGGAAGGCUGCCAGGGGCGGUGGAACGUGUCUUCGACCGUCUCGGACAAGAAGGAUCGGGAGAGAUGGUGGCACACUGAGAGAGGCCGCUGGCAACAACCGGAGCUUGCGUGAAGUGCGGAUCAGCCUCGCGAUGAGCUACACAUUUUAUUUCCUUGAAUGUCUCGAUGAAACGGCCAACUUUAUGAUAUCCAGAUUGUGGCAGGGGUACGGGGGAAUUGGAUCGAGA